AGCGCGGCGAGCAGCGCAGAGGAGUGCGAGCAGCAGCAUGGCGGGGCUCCGACGCCCGCAGCCGGGCUGCUACUGCCUCACCGCCGCGGCCGUGAACCUCUUGCUGGGCGUCUUCCAGGUUCUCCUGCCCUGCUGUCGCCCGGGAGGGGCUCAGGGACAAGCGAUCGAGCCCUUGCCGAACGUGGUGGAGCUGUGGCAGGCGGAGGAAGGGGAACUCCUGCUGCCCACUCAGGGUGAUUCUGAAGACGAAAUGGAGGAACAGUCUCGAGAACAGAGCUUCUCAGACAAGCUAUUUAGUGGAAAAGCUUUACAUUUUCAGCCAUCAGUUCUAGAUUUUGGAGUUCAGUUCCUGGGACACCCUGCAGCAAAGAUUCUCUAUGCGUAUAACCCUAGCAGGGAGAGCGAGGUCGUGGUGAAUUCCGUGUUUACAGCUGCGGGACAUUUCCAUGUGCCUCCCGUUCACUGCAGGGUAAUUCCAGCAAUGGGGAAAACGUCCUUCAGAAUUAUUUUCUUACCUACUGAAGAAGGAAGCAUUGAAAGUUCUUUAUUUAUUAAUACCUCCUCACAUGGAGUUCUUUCUUAUCAUGUAUCUGGCAUUGGCACUCGCAGAAUCUCUGCAGAAGGGUCUGUAAAACAGCUACCAAAUGCUUACUUUCUGCUUCCACAGGUCCAGAGCGUUCAGCUUUCACAAACACAGCCAGAGAGCUUCUCCAUGCCUGUGUGCAGCUGGGGUAACUCCCCCUGCCCCCCGCCCAGGACUUCUCGGAAAGCCCCCUGCCAGGAUGCAGAAACCACUAACACUAGCCUCUUGCAAGUGCAACUGGAAUGCAGUUUACAUAAUAAAGUGUGUCAGCAACUAAAGAGUUGCUAUGUGGAAUCAGACGAUGUUUUACGGCUACAAAUGAGCAUAAUUGUAACAAUGGAAAACGCCUCGAAAGAAUUUGAAGAAAACACACAAGAUUUGUUAGAUCAUCUCUCUAUUAUUUAUGUAGCUACAGAUAAAUCUGAGACCUCAGAUGAUUCGGCAGUGAACAUGUAUAUACUGCAUUCAGGAAACAGCCUUCUGUGGAUACAGGAUGUACAUCAUUUCUCACAGAGAGAUGCCCUGUCUCUGCAGUUUGAACCGGUACUCCUACCUACGUCCACAACAAACUUUACAAAAAUUGCCUCUUUUACUUGCAAAGCUCCAUCCUGUGACAGUGGGAUGAGAGAAGACAGGAAGAAAAAAAACACUCCGACACUAAAAGCGUGCCUCUCCUCUCCUGUGUCUCAAGGGUAUUUUCGAAUGGACUCUUCUGCCACCCAGUUUCACAUAGAGACUCAUGAGAACACAUCAGGACUUUGGUCAAUGUGGUACCUCAACCAUUUUGACCGUGGUGUUGUAUUGAAUGAUGUGUUUGUUUCCAAGGAGACCAAGCGUGUUUUAAAGAUUCUGAAUUUCACUGGCCCUUUAUUUCUACCUCCAGGCUGUUGGAAAAUAUUUUCUUUGAAACUUGCCGUUAAAGACUUUGCCAUAAAUCUAUUCACCCGUGUAUUUUUGACUACAAACGUAGGUGCUGUUUUUGCAGUACCUCUACAGAUUUACUUGGCGCCGACCAAGGAAGGGAGUCUGGGUUUUGAAGUGAUAGCACAUUGUGGCAUGCAUUAUUUCAUGGGAAAAUCAAAAGCGGAAAAUCCUAACUGGGAAGGGAGCCUUUCUCUGGAUUGGUCUACCUGGGAUGUGGAUUCCGAACUUGCAAAUACACUGUAUGAAAGAUGGAAGAAAUUAAAAAAUGGUGACGUCUGCAAGAGGAACGUUUUAGGCAUGACUCGGUUUGCCCACUCGAAGAAAUCCAAGGAGUCCGAACCCUUUGCUCUCUUCCUGCCUCGCUUGAUCCCGGAGGCUGGCCUCGUGAUAAACUUCAGUGCCACCGCCCUGAGGAACAGCGUGGUGAAGUACUUUGUGGUGAAGAACCCUUCCUCAUGGCCAGUCUCCCUGCAGCUCCUGCCUGUCUCCUUGUACCCGAAGCCCGAGGCUGCCGCGCGCCUGCUGCACAAAUGGUUUGGCACCGAUGUGCAGAUGAUUAAUUUCACAACGAGUGAAUUCCAGCUCACCAAAGCUUGCCCUUACCGGGGUGUGCAUUCUGAGGAAUCCAGGUUUGGCAUCCUCCACUUACAUUUGCAACCUUUGGAAAGGAAAAGGGUUGGUGUAGUUUUCACGCCAGCUGACUAUGGAAAAGUCACCUCCCUCAUCCUAAUCCGGAAUAACUUGACUUUUAUCGACAUGAUUGGCGUGGAAGGAUUUGGAGCAAGAGAGCUACUGAAGGUGGGCGGGAGACUUCCUGGCACUGGAGGUUCACUGCGCUUUAAGGUGCCCGAGUCCACACUGAUGGGCUGCCGGAGACAACUGAAAGACAGCAAGCAAAUUUUAUCAAUUACAAAGAACUUUAAGGUUGAGAAUAUCGGACCACUUCCUAUAACUGUGACAUCUCUGAAAAUUAAUGGGUAUAAUUGCCAAGGUUAUGGAUUUGAAGUUCUAGACUGUCAGCAGUUUUCCUUGGACCCCAACACAUCCCGGGACAUCAGCAUUGUGUUUACUCCAGACUUCACCUCUUCCUGGGUCAUCCGCGAGCUGACUCUGGCCACCGCGGCAGACCUGGAGUUUCGCUUCACUCUCAACGUAACCCUCCCUCAUCACCUGCUGCCUCUGUGUGCGGACGUGGUUCCGGGACCCAGCUGGGAGGAGUCGUUUUGGAGGCUCACUGUCUUCUUUGUCAGUUUGUCCCUGUUGGGUGUGAUUUUAAUAGCCUUCCAACAAGCACAGUACAUUCUGAUGGAGUUCGUGAAAACGAGACAGAGGCAGAAUGCCAGCUCCUCUUCACAGCAAAGCAAUAGUCCGAUGGAUGUAAUCAGCUCCCAUUCUCACAAAAGCAAUUGCAAGAACUUUCUCGAUACCUACAGCCCCUCUGAUAAAGGUCGAGGGAAAAGCUGUCUUCCGGUAAACCCCCCGCAGAGCAGGAUCCAGAACGCGACGAAGAGGAGCCCGGCCACCUACAGCCAUUCGCAGAAAAAGCACAAGUGCUCGGUCUAUUAUGGGAAACACAAAGCCAGUGCAGCCGUCGCCGGCAGUGCCAGCGCCCCUGCAGAGGACAAGCAGGCCUCGGCCCCAGGCGGCUCCCUGGCUGCUGCUAAAGAGGACGCCUGCCCUGCCGGGAUGGGCGAGACCUGGGUGGGCCUCAAGUACACAGGUGGCCUAAACGUCAACCUGCAGAAGAAUCUAACUCUUCCCCAAAACUUACUGAGUAAAGAAGAAAACACACUGAAAAACGCAAUUGCUGUCAGUAAUACUUCUUCCGAGUGUCAUGUGAAGGAGGGAGUACAGACAUGUAUGUUUCCUAAGGAAACGGACCUUCAGAUUUCAGAAAACAUAGCCGAGCUCAAGGAGCGAGAGGUCUGUCCUCUGAAGACCCCUAAGAAACUACCUGAAAAUCACUUGCCGAGAAAUUCACCUCAGUGCCAGUCAGCCUUGCCAGAAAUUUCCAGGAAAAAUAAUGGGAAUAACCAGCAAGUGCCUGUCAAGAAUGAAGCAGACAAUUGUGAAACUUUGAAAAAGGUUGACACAAAGUCUGCUUCAGAAAAGAAGAUUCACAGAGCGUCUAAAGAAGACAUAUGUUCUGAGAAGCAGGACGUACCUUCAGUCGAGCAGGAAGAUCCUUAUAGGAAGAAGAGGCUUCAGGAGAAAAAAGAAGGAAACUUACAAAAUUUAAAUUGGAAUAAAAAUCGAGCAUGUAGAAAAAACAAGAAAAGGGGUGCUGCCCAGGUCUUGAGGCCUUCGGAACAGAGUGAAUUAAAGCUGGUGUGCAGUGAAUUUGAAAGGUCUGAGCUGAGCAGUGACAUCGACUUAAGGAGCUGGUGUAUCCAGGAAAACCCUGGGGAAGCAUGUAAAACAGAUGCUGGCAUUGGAAGCAGCUUACCUGCCUCGCAGGGAGAGGCAGAGGGUUACUUCCAGAAGCCGGGGAAGAAGCGCGUGGAGAAGUCCUGCUCAGACUCCAGCUCGGACUGUGGCAGCUCCUCGGGCAGCGUGCGUGCCAGCCGGGGCAGCUGGGGCAGCUGGAGCAGUGCCAGCAGCUCUGACGGGGACAAGAAGCCCAUGCUGGGCCCUCAGCACUUCCUGCCACCUGGAGACAGUGUUUCACAAAAUGACUUUCCCUCUGAAGCUCCCAUCUCCUUGAAUCUUUCUCAUAACAUCUGCAAUCCCACAGACGUGAGUAGCUUCCCCCGACACGUGGACGCCCCCUGUCCCAGCCUUCCUGCUGGGCCUGCGGCUGUUGAAGAAGAUAAAGGUCUCUACCCCCCGGGGGACCUGUGGCCCGCACAGCCCGUGUGUGUGACCAGCGGCUUCGGCUGCGCCGUGGAGAGCAGCGGGCCGGCCGUGCUGCCCGCGCCCGCCCCGGUGCACAGCAGCAGUUUCAUUGAUUGGAAUGCAACGUGUGAAGGCCAGUUUCCCAGUGUGUACUGCCCCCUGGAAUUGAACGACUACAAUGCCUUUCCGGAAGAAAACAUUAACUACCCCAAUGGCUUCCCCUGUCCUGCCGAAGUUCAGACAGACUUCAUUGACCACAGCUCCCAGUCUGCCUGGAACAGCCCCCCAGAUGUGCCGACCGCCUGGGGACACGCUGGCCUCAUCAGCUCUCCGCCCUACCUCACAAGCACCCGAAGCUUGUCUCCGAUGUCUGGACUUUUUGGUUCCAUCUGGGCCCCGCAAAGCGACGUGUAUGAAAAUUGCUGCCCCAUCAACCCCACCACGGAACACUCGACUCACAUGGAAAACCAGGCGGUCAUGUGCAAGGAAUACUACCCUGGGUUUAACCCAUUCCGUGCCUAUAUGGACCUGGACAUAUGGACUAGCACCGCGAACAGGAACGCAAACUUCCCACUGUCCAGAGACUCGAGCUACUGUGGGAACGUGUGAACAAGAUUCGAGUUUUGAACAGUGUGAAUAAAGAGGCUUGUGUUUUGAUUACUAGCGUAAACUGGUUGUUGACAUAGAUUGACGUUUGUGGUUAUUUUGGCACUUUUAUAUGAAAAUAAAUUUUUUAAUGAAA